AUGAAAGCCCUUCAUGGUUCCAUUAAUCAUUACCAAAAAGAAGCUCAUAGGGACAUGCUUACAAAACGAAGCCAUAAAGGACAUAAACAACGAGGCCUUAAGCUCAUCAGCGGAGGCUGGGGGUUAAAAUUGUCGAGCCCUUUGUUUUCUACCACUACCACUGGCUUUUUCGCUUUCACUCUCUAUAAGUUCAUACUAGCGAAAAUGUUGUUUUUCUCGUACUUCAAAGAUUUGGUGGGAAGAGAAGUGACGGUAGAACUCAAGAACGAUUUGGCCAUCAGAGGGACAUUGCAUUCUGUUGAUCAAUACCUUAAUAUCAAGCUCGAAAAUACUCGUGUUGUUGAUCAAGACAAGUACCCUCACAUGCUUUCUGUAAGGAACUGCUUCAUCAGAGGAUCGGUGGUGAGAUAUGUGCAAUUGCCUCCAGAAGGUGUGGACAUUGAACUAUUGCACGAUGCCACAAGGAGAGAAGCCCGGAGUGGUUGA